AUGCCCGUCAAGCGAUCGGGAGGCGAUCCGUCUGGCGCUCCGAAGCGCACGCGCUUCGCUUCUCCUCCACCUCCAGCUGGCGGUGCUGGUCCUUCCCGCUCUCGAUCAUCUGAUGACAAUGACGAUCGAUACUUGGAGGAAGACAUCACUGAGACAAGCCGCGGCGCCAAGCUCCGGGAGAAGCGCUCGCUCCGAGACACAGAUGGUUAUGACUCCGAUUCAGAUAACGACGAGGAGAGCAAGGUCCUGAGCCGAAGACCCGGAGCCGAGGAGGAAGGCGAGGACGACGAGAUGGACAUGUUCGCCGAUGAGCCUGCGCCGGCGAAGGACAAGGGCAAGGAGAAGGAGAAACCAAAGAAGGAAUUCAUGGACCUGAAUGACAUUGAGGGCCAGGAGUUCGACGAGCCAUCAGCCCGGCCGCAAGAUGACGACAGCGACAGCGAGGCAGAGCAGACCGAGAAGAAGACGGGCCUCGACGGCGACAUGGGUGUUGACCUCACCCCGUUCAACAUGAAGAAGGAGAUGCAGGACGGACGCUUUACGGAAGGCGGAGAGGUGUACAUGGAGAAUGAGAAAGACCCGCACGAGAAGCAUGACGUCUGGCUUGAUUCGAUGGAUAAGGACGAGAUCAAGAAGGCGCGACGUGCGCACCGAGAGCGUGAGCGGCUGGAGCGGGAACGCGAGCAGCGCGAGGCUGAGUACGAGAGUGGAGCGGGCAGUGAGGAGAAAGAGCAGAGGCUGCUGCAGCAGGCCAUGGAGCUCAUGGAGCGUGGAGAGACGGUCAUGGAGGCUCUCCAGCGGCUGGGCAAGGAAGCUGAGAAGAAGGCGGCGGGCAGCAAGAAGAAGUCUUGGGUCGAGCGACAGCGGGAACGGAAAGCCGCCCUGGAGGGUGAUGGACCCAAGGACUCUUUCACUCAGCUCUCCUCUGCUGUCUCCGACCUGACCGCCAUGAGCAAGCUCGACGUGUACGCCCUCUCGCGUGAGGCCAUCUCGCGCAUGAUCCGCAGGCCCGACACCCCGACAGCUGCUCCUGCUCCAGCGGCACCCGUCGACACCCGAGCGUUCCAAUACCGUUUCUCCAUGACGUACAUGAAGUCGCUUCCGGAAGGCCAGCGGCCGCUCGAGCGCGAAGUCUUCGGACCCUUCAGUGCCUCGCAGUUGAAGCAGUGGAAGAUGACCGGAUUCUUCGGCCCGAACUGCGAGAACGUCGAGCUGAGGGUGAUGGGAACAGAGCCGUGGGGAUCUUGGGCAGACGUCGUAGACAAAUUGUAG